CGCUCCCUCUCUCGCUCUCUCUCUCGCUCUCUCUCGCUCUCCCCCUAGCGGUGACCUAGUGUCGGUGAUGCGGCUGACUGGGCGCCAGCAGCGGGCAGCGCUCUGAUCGGUUCGGUCUAUCUCUAUUAGAUCUAGAGGAUGUAGCUCGCUCUAUCUCUAUAGAUCUAGAGGAUGUAGCUCGGUGUAUCUCUAUAGGUCUAGAGGAUGUAGCUCGGUGUAUAGAUCCAGAUUAUAUAUCUCCAUAGAUGUGUCGGUGUGUAUCCUCUGUGGUGUAGCGGGACUGGAGAGGUCGCUGCGGGUUUCGUGGUGGGAGCGACCGGGAGACCAGUUCUCCCUCCACUGGUUUGAUGACAGGAUUUGUAUUUUGCUGCGCGAUGUAUAUGGACAAGACCAGUCUGCUGCGGGGUCCCUCCUCUCCCAGCUUGUUAUCAAAGAGUCUCCCCUUGGACCCCUCCGACCCCCCCUCCCUGGACCCCUCCGGCCCCUCCUCCCUGGACCCCUCUGGCCCCCCCUCCCUGGAACCCUCCUGCUCUGAAGACCAGGACCGCGGUCCAGGUCCCCCACCCCCCCCUGUGCAGCCAGAACCCCCGGAGCCAGAAGAAGCGGCACAACUCUCGGGGGGGCCAGCACCUCAGACCAGGAGCAGACCCGCCCCGGGGCCCAAACCACGAGUUCCGCCCAAGCCGGCCUAUCUGCAGCAGAAGUCAGGAUUGAGGCCACGCCCCCUGGCCUGUCAGCCCCUCCCAUCUCUUCCCAGGGAGGGGAGGGGCCCCGAGAGUCCGCCCCCUGCGGGAGUCCUGUCACUCAUCGAGAAGUUUGAAAGGGAACAGCUCAUUGUGGUUCCUCUCAGACUCCCUGCUCCGUCACCUCCUCCACCAUCCUCAUCCUCAGCCCCUCCCCCGGAGGCGGAGGUCAAAGGGCAGGCGGAGGUCAAAGGUCAGGCGGAGGUCAAAGGUCAGGCAGAGGAGGAUGAGGCUGAGGAUGAGGAUGAGGCUAAGGAUGAAGAACGUGAGAAGCGUCUGUCUCGGGAGUCGGGUUACAGCGCCUCCGAGAGACACCUGGACCCUCUGGUUACCAUGGAGAUGAGGGAUGAGGAGCAGCUGGGGAGCAGCCAAUCAGAUGCAACGUGCGAGCGCUUGUCCCUCCCCCAGCCCCACACAGAGGGCAAGGCGGCCAAUCGGGACAGCGGCAUCGACAGCAUCAGCUCCCCCUCCCACAGCGAGGAGCUCUGCUUCGCUGGCGGAGAGGAGGGGGGCGGGGCCUUCCAUCGCAGCCACGCCCCCCCGCGCCUCUCUAGCUCCUCCUCCUGUGGAGGGGAAGAGGGUGGGGGCGGGGCCAUGGGGCGGGCCCUAUCUGAGGACGGAGACAGUGACCUGGACGAGGUUGAAGAGAUCACCCUGGUCCUACCUGCCGAGCUGUCUGUCAGCCAGAGGGUCUUCAACAUAGCCAAUGAGCUGCUCCACACCGAGAUCGCCUACGUGUCUAAGCUCCACCUCCUGGACCAGGUAUUUUGUGCCCAGCUCAUGGAGGAGUCUCGAUCUCGCGCCUCCUUCCCUCCAGAUGUGGUGCAGGGGAUCUUCUCCAACAUCUGCUCCAUCUACUGCUUCCACCAGCAGUUCCUUCUGCCAGCGCUGCAGAAACGCAUGGAGGAGUGGCAUGUGAACCCCUGCCUGGGAGACAUCCUCCAGAAGCUGGCCCCGUUCCUGAAGAUGUACGGGGAGUACGUGAAGAACUUUGAGACGGCCAUGGAGCUGCUGACUUCCUGGACCCAGAGGUCGGCCCCCUUCAGGACCAUCAUCCAGGACAUCCAGAGAGAGGAGCGUUGUGGGAGCCUCAGUCUGCAGCACCACAUGUUGGAGCCGGUCCAGAGGAUCCCUCGCUACGAGCUGCUGCUCAAAGACUACCUGCACCGCCUGCCCCCCCACGCCCCGGACUACAGGGACACCCAGAAGUCUCUUGAACUCAUCGCAACGGCAGCAGAACAUUCUAAUGCUGCUAUAAAGAAGAUGGAGCGCAUGAGGAAGCUGCUGAUGGUGUACGAGCUGCUGGGCGGGGAGGAGGACAUCGUCAGCCCGUCUAACGAGCUCGUUAAGGAGGGACACAUCCUCAAGCUGUCCAAUAAGAACGGGACGUCCCAGGACCGCUACCUCAUCCUGUUUAACGACCGACUGCUGUACUGCGUCCCGAAGCUGCGUCUGAUUGGUCAGAAGUUUGGCGUCCGAGCGCGUAUCUACGUGGAGGGCAUGGAGCUGAAGGAAACCAGCAGUGUUGCCGUUCCAAGAACAUUCCUAGUUUCUGGAAAACAACGUUCACUGGAACUACAAGCCAGAACAGAAGAGGAGAAGAAAGAUUGGAUCAAAGCCAUCCAGGAGGUGAUCCAGAGACAUGAGCAGACCGUCGAGAGCUUCAGAAACAAUGAGUCCACACCCCCCCACUCCCCGGUGGAGCUGGGCAGGCGGGCCCCCACGCCCAUCAGAGAGAAGGAGGUGACGCUCUGCAUGACCUGCCAGGAGCCCUUCAACUCCAUCACCAAGAGACGCCACCACUGUAGAGCCUGCGGACACGUGGUUUGUGGGAAGUGUUCCGAGUUCCGAGCUCGUCUGUCAUACGACCAACCCAACAACCGGACCAACCGCGUGUGUGUCGACUGCUACGCCACGCUGCUGGGAGUCCCGCCCCCGCCCGCCACGCUGGCCAAUCUCACGCAGAGGAGACGAUCCAUCCUAGAGAAACAGGCGUCCCUGGCAGCAGAGAACAGCGUGAUGUGCAGCUGCCUGUACUACCAGGAGAGAGGAGGUGGGCGGGGCUGGCAGAAGGCCUGGUUCAUCAUCCCUGAGAAGGAACCCCUGGUGCUCUACAUAUACGGCGCUCCUCAGGACGUCAAGGCCCAGAGGAGCGUCCCUCUGAUUGGCUGGCAGGUUUCCCUCCCUGAGUCAUGUGAUCGCCGCCACGCCUUCAAGAUGACCCAAAGUCACAUGACCCUGCUGUUCAGCGCCGAGAGGGAGGAGCUACAGACGCGCUGGAUGGAUGUCCUAUCACGUGCUGCCAAGGGGGAGGAGCCAGUCAACCACAGUCCAAUCGCAGAGUGUCUGGACGAGGAGGGGGAGGAGCCAGCAGCAGAGAACACGUGAUUCCAUAGGAGAAGAACACACACAGACACACACUGAUAGAAACACACCCACACACACGCACACAAACAAACAAACACACACAAACCAGACACAGAAGCACACAGACACGCACAAACACGCACACACUCACACACACACACAAAAUGUAAUAGUGUUGCAUGACUGAUCUAUGUAGUGUUUAACCCAGAACUCAUAGAACUCUCUCUCUCUCACGCUCUCUCUCUCUCUCUCUCUCUCUCUCUCUCUCUCUCUCUCUCUCUCUCUCCUUCUCGGUCUAGAGUUGAUCUAGAGUUAAUCUAGAGGUCUAUAGUUGGUCUAGAGUUGGUCUAGAGUUUAUCUAGACUUGAUCUAGAGGUUUAGAGUUGAUCUAGAUGGGUUCUAGAGAUCUAGAGUUGGUCUAGAGUUGGUCUUGAGUUGAUCUAGAGGUCUAGAGAUCUCGAGUGGGUCUAGAGGUCUAGAUCAGUUCUAGAGAUUGAGCGUUGGUCUAGAGGUCUAGAGUUGGUCUAGAGGAGGUAUGAAAGUGUAGCGGAGGUCUAUAGUUGGUCUAGAAGCCUAGAUUUGUUCUAGAGGUCUAGGCCUGGAGGAGGUUCUAGAUGUCUAACGCGGUUCUAAUUUGGAGGUUCUUAUCUUGGUAUUUAUGAUUCUGAAACUUCUCCCUCAAACAUUGCUGCCAUGGCAUUUGCAUACAGACAAUAUUCAUACAUGAACCAAAAUACCAACACGUCUAUAUUCUAUCAUCAUGAGGACCUUGGUCUGGAAACCUACUGGAUACCAACAAGUACCAGGUCCUAACCAGUCUAAACUAGUUAUGUUGGUAAGAAACCACUCCGAAGUAGUUUUACCGUGGCUAAUUAGUCUAAACUAGUUAUAUCCAUACAUGACUCGUCCAAACUAGUUAUAACCCAACAUAGUCUUAUUUGACAUGUUGGUUCUCCUUACCUCUCUGCUUUGUCAUUUUAUUUUAUAAAACCAACAGAAAGAUUUACAUCGCCAUCAGUAGCUGUUAGGCCCAAAGGAUUUCUAUAGCACAAGUUAGCUGGUGGGGCUACUAGCUAUAGUACAUGUAGCUGUUAGCUGGUGGGGCUCCUAGCUAUAGUACAUGUAGCUGUAAGCUGGUGGGGCUCCUAGCUAUAGUAUAUGUAGCUGUUAGCUGGUGGGGCUACUAGCUAUAGUACAUGUAGCUGUAAGCUGGUGGGGCUCCUAGCUAUAGUACAUGUAGCUGUAAGCUGGUGGGGCUCCUAGCUAUAGUACAUGUAGCUGUUAGCUGGUGGGGCUCCUAGCUAUAGUACAUGUAGCUGUUAGCUGGUGGGGCUACUAGCUAUAGUACAUGUAGCUGUUAGCUGGUGGGGCUACUAGCUAUAGUACAUGUAGCUGUAAGCUGGUGGGGCUCCUAGCUAUAGUACAUGUAGCUGUUAGCUGGUGGGGCUCCUAGCUAUAGUACAUGUAGCUGUUAGCUGGUGGGGCUCCUAGCUAUAGUACAUGUAGCUGUUAGCUGGUGGGGCUCCUAGCUAUCACACAUGUAGCUGUUAGCUGGUUGGGCUACUAGCUAUAGUACAUGUAGCUGUUAGCUGGUGGGGCUCCUAGCUAUAUCUUGCCAUCUUUGGCCGUUAUUUCAGUUGGUUUAAAAAAGAUACAUUCUGUUGUAAAGAUGUGUUGUAAAUUAUUGAUGAAUUAAUGAUGAAUUAAGAAUUAUUAAAUUACAUGGAGAUGUUGACUGUCCAAGAUCAUUGUGGUGAAUAUUUUGAAUUUGUGUCAUUUAGACACAGAUUAAAUUGUGAAGCUGUUUUUGUAGUCCAUAGAGAAGAAGAUUUUACAAUGGAGAGAAUAUUUAUACCACAGUACAGUAUUAAGGGGUAGAGUUCAUCACCUAUACCUGGACCAAUCACACGGUACCUUGGCUGUGCGGUCUCCAUCAUACGGGAACCACUUUCCUGUCUGUCUUUCUAUUGGACCACGCAGGUUACCGUUACCACGGUAACCUGCACUAGGUUAUUACAGUAACUCACCCUUGGCUACCCGGUGACUUACCCUAUGUUAUAACAAUAACUUGCCCUAGGUUACCACGGUAACCCCUCUUAGGUUACCACAGUAACCCACCCUAGGUAACCUCGGUAACCAACUCUAGGUAACUGGGGUAACUUGCCCUGGGUUACCAUGGUAACCCACCCCGAUCACCACAGUUACCCGUUGUAAGCUACCAGGGGGACUUGCCCUAGGGUACCACGGUAACUGGUGCUAGGUUGCCAGGGUUACCCCAGCGGCUCUAUUCUGUGGAGCUGUGUCUUUAAGCUAUUGAUGGUUAUUGAUUGUGUACACAGCCGUAGUCAUUGAUGGUUAUUGAUUGAGUUCACAGCCGUAUUUAUGAUGGUGAUUGAAUGAAUAUACUGCUGCACUUAAUGAUGGUUAUGAACAGAGUAUAUUGCUGUGUGGCAGGCCACAACAUGACAUUGUAUCCAUGUUUUUAUUUCCAUCAAAACAUUCUGUGAAAAAGUGUUUAUGAGGUUGAAAAUAAAAGGAAAUGAAAAAAAACA